UAUUUCACGCAUGCACUGUCAAAUCUCACUGUUUUGACAGUUCCGCUCAGGGUGCACCAAACCCUGAAACGGUUCAGCGUAAAACCGUUUUGGGAAUGGGAGACAAAACUUAUAUUGUAGUAUUUUACAGAAAAUGUACAUCCACAAGUAAAUUAUACUGAUUUUUACUUUCUUAAAACAUCGGUCUAUCCACCCUAUACAUUUGGAUGUGUAACCACGUCGAUAUUAUGCUCCGAAAUGUCAUUUCACUUCAACUUCAUCGAACCGGUUCGCGCAACAGCCAUUCGCCAUAUGGUACCGCUGGGUGAAACCGCAUUUCAAGUGCUUCCAAUGGUAACGGAAAAACAAUUCGUUCUGGCUUUCAACAGAUACAUUUUACCAUCGCUCUAGAAACAAGUUCCCGUCGGAGACAAUGUAACAGACUUGUUUUUGUGUCCAGUGAUAAAAGUCUGUUAUCAGACGAGAGCAUUAUCUCACAUUUCUUGUUGGCGCGACGCUUGUGUGUGCGUGUGUAUCGGAUGUCCGUGCCAUCAUAGAAACAAACAAAAGAAACAGCUGCCAAAGCUAUGCAAAUCCCGAAAUAGCUAGCGAAAGCAACAAAUAAAACACAUAUGGUGCGGAGUUCGUGGGUUCAAGCAACUGGUUGUGAUUGAAGUCUUCUGCAGCAUUUAAUUCGUCGGUCAGUUGUGAUUCCGAUACAUUCGUCAAAAAUUGCCCUUCGGUGGGUUUUAUAGGUGAGAAUACCUUUUAUAUCGAAAGCGAUGGCGGACAGAUUCGAUGGGACACGAUUGCGGUCAUUGACUGCGUUGCUGUUGGUGGGAAUGGCGUUAAUGGUGCAGGACGUGAGCGGAAAGCCCAACGAGACGAUCAGCAAUGAGGGUGAAGCGAAACUCAUUUUUGCUCAUGUUCUAUUCCGCCAUGGCGAUCGUACCCCGAUCGAUCCAUACCCAUACGAUCCUUGGAAGGAUCCCAGCCACUGGACAGCAGAUUGGGGACAGUUGGUGAACGCAGGAAAAAUGCGCCAUUUAAUGCUAGGAAAAUGGCUACGCCAACGCUACUCGAGUUUGCUGAACGACACAUACAGCAACAACGAGAUUUACGUUCGCUCUACCGACGUCGAUCGGACGCUGAUGAGUGCGGAGGCAAACCUAGCCGGACUAUACCCACCGCAGGGAGCUGACGUUUGGGACACGGCAAUAACUUGGCAACCGAUUCCGGUGCACACGGUAACGGAGGAACUGGACAGUGUGCUGGCAGCUAAAAAACGAUGCCCGGCUUUUGAUCACGCACUGAAGAUGUACCGUCAGUCGGAACCAUAUCAUUCGUACAAUGCAUCGUUGGAGCAGCUUUACCGCUAUGUGACGGAAAAAACGGGUCGCAAAUAUGAUUCCAUGUCGUCCGUACAGAACCUUUACAGCGCACUGCUUAUAGAGGAGCUAAACAACUUUACACUGCCCGACUGGACCAAGGCGGUGUAUCCUGAACCAUUGCGAUCGAUUUCUGCCGUGACAUUUGCCGUAAAAACGAACACCACACAACUGGCCCGACUAAAGAUGGGUCCGCUAGUGAAGGAAAUGCUGCAUCGGUUUCGAACGAAAGCAAAGGGAAGUCUGAAGCCGAAUCGGUCCGUCUGGAUGUACAGUGCGCACGAUGUCACCGUUGCCAGUUUGUUAAAUGCGUUGCGAAUUUUUGAAUUGCACAAUCCCCCCUUCGCAGCAUGCAUUAUGCUUGAACUGCGACAACCGGCCAACGGUGAACAGGCGUACGUGGAAAUAUUCUACAAAAAUACCACUGCCGAACCAUUGCAGCUGACCGUACCCGGCUGUAGCGCUCAAUGUCCGCUGGAUAAGAUGUUCGAAAUUUACGACAGCAUUAUGCCGAAAGAUUGGGAAGCUGAAUGUCAGCUUUCCCUACUAUCGAUGAGCUACGUCGAGGCGGAUUUGAAUUCGGCAAGCAGUUUCAUUGGGAUUGUGCUGCUGACUACCAUAUCAAUGCUCGCUCUGCUGAUCGUUGUAGCCAUUGCGAAACGCCGCAGUAGUUUGAACAGCGAACGAUGGUAUCUACGGAUCGAUGGGUGAGACAAAGGAAAUGCAUUUAAGACCCAAUUUUAUAAUGACAUAUAAAAUUUUUCAUAAGGCUGAUUAAUACUGUCUGUUACUAGUUGAAGUGUGACCUGUGUGUUUUGUUUGUGAUCGAAAUGCACUGGUUAAUAUGAGAUUCGUUAGUUAUAAAUAUAAACUGUGUGACGGAAACAGAAUAUCUGUUCGAAACGUAAA